AUGUCGAAUCUUACAAAAUUGGAGUUCAACGCACUUGAUGUCACCGGAAAAAAUUAUUUGACAUGGAUCUUGGAUGCGGAAAUCCAUCUAAGUGCUAUGGGCCUUGGUAACACAAUAAAAGAGGGAAAUAAGGCCUCCGAGCAAGAUAAGGCAAAGGCUAUGAUAUUUCUCCAUCAUCACCUUGAUGAAGGAUUGAAAACUGAAUAUCUGACUAUUAAAGAUCCAUCAACUCUUUGGAAGGAUCUCAAAGAAAGAUAUGACCACCAAAAAACGGUGAUACUUCCUAAAGCUCGCUAUGAUUGGCUACACUUGCGAUUGCAAGAUUAUAAAACUGUGAGCGAGUAUAACUCUGCCAUGUUUAAAAUUACAUCUCAAUUGAAAUUAUGUGGGGAGAAUAUCACCGAUAAAGAUAUGUUGGAAAAAACAUAUUCCACUUUUCAUGCCAAUAAUAUGCUCUUGCAGCAACAAUAUCGUGAACGUGGAUUCACGAAAUACUCUGAGCUGAUUUCUGUCUUGCUUCUUGCUGAACAAAAUAAUGAACUUUUGCUGAAAAAUCAUCAAGUACGUCCAACUGGCUCAACACCAUUCCCUGAGGUGAAUGCGGUGACUAAUAAUGAAUAUAGAGAUAAUAAAUCAUUUGGACGUGGACGUGGGCAUGGAUAUGGACGUGGACGUGCGCGUGGACGUGCACGUGGUCAUGGUUUUGGGUGUGGUAGAGGCCGUAAUCAACAAAAUCCCCCCAACUUUAAAAGAAAGCAGUACUACCAAAAACGAACAACAAAUGAGGGGCAACCCGAGGGAAGUAGGAUGAAUGAUCCCUUGGGGAUCGCUCCUCUUGAAGAACAUCUUGGAAGUGAUGAUCAAGUUGAUCCUUCGGCUUUUACUCACAUGGAAGUCGGUGAUUUCUUUGAAGAUGUUGAUGUGAAUAUGCCUAAAUUUGAUGGUGAUGAGCCCAAGAAUAAUUAA